AUGAAUUGUGUGGAGCUUCGUUACACUUAUUUCAAUUCACAAGCUUACAAGGCACUCAUUAAUCUGGUGCGAAAUGAUUUAAAUGGGAAGCCUCUGAAGUAUGCAACUGAGGAUCAAUCCCUCCCAAUUUGCUGGAAAGGUAGCAAACCUUUCAAAUCUGUUGGCGACGCAAAGAACUUUUUCAAGCCCUUGGCACUGAGCUUUACUAAAGCUAAGAAUGUUCAGCUGCAGUUAUCCCCCGAUGCUUAUCUUAUAGUUACAAAACAUGGCAAUGUAUGCUUGGGGAUUUUGAAUGGCACUGAAGUGGGACUGGGAAGUAUGAAUAUCAUUGGAGAUAUUACUAUGCAAGAUAAAAUGGUGAUAUAUGAUAACGAGAACCAGAGAAUUGGAUGGGCUCCUACAAAUUGCAAAAGACUUUCAAAAGUGGAUCGUGAACUUUGUGACGGUAUUUAUCAGCCUUUUGUAGCCAAUUUGGGUAUCCUGGAACAGCAUUGUCCUGCUUUCGAUCAAUAAGGUGGUACACAGUGAAGGCUUCAAGUCCAGAGACUGACAGCGUAGAAAGGGAAAUAGCUUUGUACAAGUUCAUGUAGCCGAUACAUACAACUUAUAUGCUCCUAGGAGUUUUACAACAGUUAUUUUGUCUGUUACUCCAGCAGAGAAGAAAAAGAGAGGUUAGUUUUGUAUGUCGUAGAACCUACAAAGUUACAUGAUGUAGCCCUUGUACCCGAUAAUACAGAUAUCCGUUAUAUAGAUUCUAUUCAUAUGUAUAGCUA